GAAUUGGGUAUCAAUUAUCAUCUGAUUCGAAAUCAUCUCAUAUAUCUCUUUAAUAUCUUUACUUUUCCAAUCCUAUCUUGACCUCUUCCUUCUUCCUUUUUUUUAUUAAUCUUCACUCUUCACUCCUUAUUUAUUUUUUGUGGCGAAUCCUGGUUCGUUCAAUUCUCUCCCCCCCAAGCUUUCUUCCAGCUCCGACCAUUCAACUUUGAACACCAGAAAAAAAAAACCAAGAGAGAGUGAGUGAGAGAGAGAGAGUGAGAGAGAGAGUGAGGAAAGAAAUACUAGAAACACUCCCGGUACCUAGAAAACGCACCUUCCUCUCGGGAAGCAGUUUACAUCACGCCCUGCGUAUUUUUCAGUCUCUUAUUAUUUGCAACACACCCCCCAAAAACCCACCUUGGAAACUUUAUACAAAUUACAACGACAAACUACAACCCAUAAAUCACCACCACUACCGCCCCAUUUCGAUUAAUUGAAAAGUCUCGUCCACGGUAUCAAUAUCAGUUACCCUUAAUAAUUGCAUGGUGAAUAUCUUCACUUGCGCAAUCUCAUCCCAAGCAAGAGCUUUUCAACCUUCCUCUUCCUUCUAGAAUAGCCUUCUUCAAUAACCUUCAGACGCUAUUGCUUCUCGCAUCAAACAAGCCCCCGGAGUUUAUCGCAUUUGGCUUCCACUAAAAAGGUCCCCCCCCCCAGACACAGACACAGAUACCUCAGUUACACCAGAAAUCACACCUUCAAUCCCAUUCAAUCUACAUCAAACUGGCGCGCCACGUACAGUCACAAUAAUAUACAAGUUGGAAUAUUUAAAAACGAUAGUUUUCGGUUUCGUUCAAUUCAAACCGUUCUGCCGUGCGACAUUUCGCCCUACAACCGCUUCGCGUCAGAGAGCUGUGGCUGACGGACGGUUUUUCUUCUUCUACACGAGUGUUGGAUUGUAAAAUUCACGCUCACCUUGACUUAUCACUACCCGAUCGCGUUCAGAGUCUGCGACGAUGAAUAACGUCAAUAUGUCCGGUAUGCCAAACAUGGGUGGUCCAGUUGGAACUGGUAUCCCCAUGAUGAAUAAUGGGGUACCCGGUGGAGCUGCGAGACAUCCUACGAUGAAAGAUGGCAACUCUUUUAGCCCUCGAUCGCAACUGAACACCUACAUUUACGAAUACUUUCUCAAGAGUGGCAUGUUUGAUUGCGCCAGAACAAUGUUGAAUGAACAAAUCAACGUCCAGAAAGAUAGCCUCAAUCGGGGCGACGCGGAGGAGGGAGACGAUUCGAAAGAUGAUAUCGAUUCAAAGAGGCCCAGUGAUCUUCCUCUACCAAACCUUCCCAAGGAAUCUCCUGAAAAUGGCUGUUUUCUCUAUGAAUGGUUUUGCCUUUUCUGGGAAAUGUUCAAUGCUCAGCGAAACUCGGGGGAUCCAUCACGUAACGUUCUUGCCUAUGUCACUCACACACAGCAAACGCGCCAAAAGGCAGAGCAACAGCAGGCUUCGCUUCGUGCUCUUAAUCCAAAUGGAAUGCAUCCUGGUGCACCCUAUGGUCGUAUGAACCCAGCGAUAAUGCAAAAUGAAAUUGCACGACAAGCAUUGAUGAAUGGUGGUAGAGGCAAACCCACUCCACAGCAGAUGCAGCAGAUGCAACAAAUGCAACAGAUGCAGAAACAACAAGCAAUGCAGAGAGAACCUUCGGACGGCAACCAUCCACAACGAGCUCAAUCGCCAGGAGGAUCUGCCGAGAACGCUCCAUCCCCAUCCAAGCGACCACGAAUUGAAGGACCCGGAUUUAACCAACAAGGUGGCAUGGGACCUAAUGGAAGAGGACAAACUACUGGAAUUCCAGGCCAACAGGUGGGAGAAACCGCCCCCAGCAAUACUGCUCAAGCAGCUCAUUUGCCACUUUCAAAUGGUAUCGAUUCAAAUCUGACAGCUCAGCAGUUCCAGGGUUUCCCAAAUCAAAAUCCACAAAAGAAUCUUCAAGCAUAUCAGGCUGGUUUGUCACAUCAGCAACAAAAGCAAAUGCCUGGUGCAGCCGCUGGAGGCCCCCCCAACCAAGGAUCGCCCAUGAUGACGCAAGGUGCUGAUGUGAACGCAAUGACUACCUAUGGUUACGGCGCGGGUGAAAUGGGUCAAAACGGUGUGAGAGGUGCUCCCGGUGGCCAACAAAGUGGCCAACAAGGUAACCAUGCUUUACAAGACUAUCAGAUGCAGUUGAUGUUGCUUGAGCAACAAAACAAGAAGAGACUAAUGAUGGCACGCCAAGAACAGGGUGCCGCUGAGGGCCAGGGAGGUCCCGGAGGACCUGGCAUGGGACCCAAUGGACCCAAUUUCCCCCAAGGAACCUCGCCACAAAGUGGUCCUCGAUCAGUGAACUCGCCAAACCCAAGCGAGCAGCAGAUGAAGCGAGGAACCCCUCACAUGAAUAACCCAGGCAUUCCAUCUCCUCUACCCGAAGGUCAAAAUAGAGGAUCGCCAGGCGCAAUGAACUUCAACAUGGGACAGCCUGGACAAAUGGAUGCAGGCAUGAACCCGCAAUUCUACAAGAUGAACGAUAUGAAUGGUAACAUGAUGCCAAACGGCAUGCGACCCCCUAGUUCCCAUCCCGGAUUCCCACAAGGAAUGUCACAGCAGCAAAUGAUGAUGGCACGACAGCAAGCAGGCAACUGGCAGAAUGGUCCAAACGGCGGCGCUCCCAUGGUUGCCAACCCCUCCCAAGGACCCCCACAAGCUAUGGGCACACCUCAACAACGAAAUAUGCCUCCGCCCGCAGCUCCUGCCAACGCUGGCGCGAACGGACGAACACAACCAUCGUCCCCUCAAGGUAGCACUGCUGCACCUCCAACACCUCAGCAAUCGAACAAGGCAAACCCCAAGAAGAAGAAUGAGACCAAGGAAACCAAAACAAAGCGGGCUACAAAGAAAGGAUCCGCCGCAAACCUCAACGCUGGUGCUACACCCUCCGCCGAUCCAACCCAAGAAGCCGCGACCCCCACCCCAGCGACCCCGAUCACCCCGGUUCACACGAAGACUUUCAACAAUGUUCCAAAUCCAAACGGUGCUGUUCAGCCCGUCAAUGGUCAACCUAUGGCGACUGCCCCGAACGUUGGAGUUGCCUCGUCGCAGCCUGAUCCUCUGAAUGCAUUCCCAAUGAAUGAUCAACCGUUUGAUAUGCUCGAGUUCAACAAUCCCAUGAAUGGAAAUUCGGAUGUUCUUACCGACUUUGACUUUGAUUCAUUCUUGAAUGAUUCUACUGGUGGUGCAGAUGACAAUUAUAACUUUGAUCCUUAUCUAGGAGAAAAUGAAAUAUCCGAGACUGUUUGAAGCAAUUCAGGUGCAUAGGGUCAAUUUACCGGCGUUUUCGAGCAUACUUUGGCGUUUAUCGGAUCAUACCACUUCGAGCUUUCCUGGCGCAUGGACUCUCAAAUGUGAAAAAGAAUCUGGAACUUCAGAAAGGAUUAGAAAGGGGUGGUGGUUGUUGCAAGUGUUUAAAAAAAAACUCCUUUUACAUAAGACAUGACACGAUCGUGUGACGUUGGAUAGGGAUCAAUGGAGGGGAGUGGCUUUCAUUUUGUGUUUACGCUAUUAUACUUUUGAUCAGUCAAAGGACGUACUUAAUUACUUGGCUCAUAUUAUGACUUUCUCGGCAUAUUUUUACUGGGCAAAGUUAUGAGAUGGGAACUGGCGUUACUUUGUUUAAAUGAUUAGUCUAUCUUGUUUAUUAUCCACCAUAUUUCUUUUGCGUAGGAACGGAUAUUGGGAUCUCUUGGGGAAAGGGUGGAAUCCUGUGUAUUUAUCAUUGAUGGGUCCAGUUCUCUCUCUCUUUUAUUACAGGGCGGGAUUUAUCACUAGGAGACUCGAGAAGAUGUUUGUUUAUUUUCCAAAGCAACUUUGGAAUAAGAUUAUUAACAUAUAUGUUUUUCAAUGA